CACAGGGAGGGAGGGAGAGACAGAGAGUUGUUGGAUAAAUGAGAGCAGCUCUGGCUCAGUGUGUUGAAGGAGCAGCUCCUGCAGCCAGGGCUGAUCCUUUGGAUGGAGACAUCUGGACGGGCUUGUGCUGCAGGAAUGAUGCUCUGACGGGGAGGAGAAGGCAGGCUGCAGGCAGGGCCACCGAUCAGCACUCACGCUCCUGGGACUCAGAGUUUGGAUGGUUGUUGCAUAUUUUCUGUAACAUCAUGCUGGAGUUUGACCACCAGACUUCUUCCUGCAGUUUGGACUGUGUGUGAGAGCCGGGGGGGUCAGGAUGAGCGUUCCCAUGUUGAAGAUCGGCGCGGUGCUCAGCACCAUGGCUAUGGUCACCAACUGGAUGUCCCAGACUCUGCCCUCACUGGUCGGACUCAACGGAACCACAAUCUCCUCCGAGGGAACACAUGAGCGGAUCGUCAGUGGCUUGUACCCGGGUUCAGAGGAAGGCUGGCAGGUGUACAGUACCGCCUCAGAUCCCGAUGGCAGGUGCAUCUGCACGGUGGUCGCUCCGGCACGGAACCUCUGCAAACGAGACCCUCGGAGUCAACAACUACGCCUGCUGACUGAACAGGUUCAGAAUGUGAGUCAGUCCAUGGAGGUUGUGGAUCUGCGGACAUCCAGAGACCUGCAGUACAUCUGGGACUCUGAGCCGCUGCUGAGAGGAGUAGAUGGACGCUUACACACAUAUGUGGCCAACUCCCGCAUGCUGACUGCUAAGGGCCUGCAGGAGCUUAAGGGCCAGAUGUCUCAGCUACGACCCCUUCUGUGUUUGGAGCAGUACAGGACCGACUUGCAGACGUUGGCCACCCUGCGAAUGGAGCUGCUUAACCUGUCAAUCAUCUUGACAUCCAUUCAGGAAGAGGUGGGGGCGUACGACUACGAGGAGCUUCAGCAGAGGGUUCUUCUGCUGGAGACCAGGCUGCACAGCUGCAUGAACAAACUGGGUUGUGGGUCGCCUGACAGCAGUCAGCAGGCCCAGUCAACCGGGAGAGCCUCGGGGUCCCGCUUUGGCUCCUGGAUGACUGAUGCCAUGAUUCCCAGCUCUGACAGUAGGGUGUGGUCGAUGGAUGGCUACUAUAAAGGCAGGCGUGUCCUGGAAUACAGAACCAUGGGCGACUUCACAAAAGGGCAGAACUUUGUGCAGCAUCUGUUACCUCACCCGUGGGCAGGAACCGGCCAUGUGGUGUACAACGGCUCGCUCUACUACAACAAACACCAGAGCAACAUCUUGGUUCAGUACCAUUUCCGUUCACGCAGCGUGUUGCUGCAGCGCAGCCUAAGCGGAGCCGGUUACAACAACACCUUCCCCUACAGCUGGGGAGGAUCUUCUGACAUUGACCUCAUGGCAGAUGAGACGGGGCUCUGGGCUGUCUACACCUCCAUCCCAAAUGCUGGAAAUAUACUGGUGAGUCGCCUGGACCCUCGCUCGCUUGACAUCCUCCAGAGCUGGGACACCGGUUUUCCUAAACGCAGCGCCGGGGAGACCUUCAUGAUCUGCGGCACCCUCUACGUCACCAACUCCCACCUGGCAGGCGCCAAAGUCCAUUUUGCAUACCACACCAACUCCUCCACGUACGAGUACACUGACAUCCCUUUCCACAACCAGUACUCCCACAUCAGCAUGAUGGACUACAACCCCAGAGAGCGGGCUUUGUACACCUGGAACAACGGACACCAGGUCCUCUACCACGUCACGCUGUUUCACGUCAUCCAGAGUGACGGCUAGAUCAGCAUGUUGUCGGUCAUUCACAUCAACAGAGGAGCGAGUCCUGUGUGUUCGAUAUCCUAGUGGACAGUGUGACCUCACCGAGCUAAUAACCAGACACAGUACACGAUUGUUAAAGUGUAAAGGUCAUGACAAGAGUGGUCAUCAUGUCUCAGGCGAAGAUGAACUGUCCCUGCUGUAGUCAGAGUGGCGUGGGCGAGACACGCUGAUGGAGAGAAGUCAGAGCUCAUACAUAUUCUGUCGCGUUUCAUUCCACUCAUGUCUCCACAAGCGAUUUGGAAGUAAGGUCGAAUUGUUGGAAACGCUGCUCGUGAACUGAAUGUUAAGUAACUUCAAUCUUCAAGUUGUCUUCAAGUGGUAACAAGAGGGCAGCCGACGUGAUUGGCUCUUUUCUGGGUUUGUGAUGUGAUCGUGGACGUGUUUAGUCAGCAUGGUUGUUCAUUAAAUAAACUUUCGUGUUAAACUUU